AUGGAUAUGAACCAUCUAAUAGGCCAGCGGUUCAACUUGAUCUCAAAGAGCGAUAUUCGCUAUGUUGGCACACUUCACGAAAUUAACCCCGAAGCAUCGACAAUCGCACUUGAAAAUGUCGUCUCUCACGGCACUGAAGGACGACGAGGUAACCAGGGCGAAGAGAUUCCUGCGUCAACAACGAUCUACGAAUACAUUGUCUUUCGAGGCAGCGAUGUGAAGGAUAUCAGUGUUGCAGAAGAGAAGAAAGAGCCAGAAAUUCCUCCUUCACAAGUACCAGACGAUCCUGCCAUCCUCGGUAGCAUGUCCCGCCCUGGCCCUCAAGCCCCCCAGCCACAGCAACAACCUCCUCCAGGACCUCCAAGUGCCCGACCUGGUCCUCCCCCCGGAUAUCCUCAGCAACCUCCCUUCCAAGGCUACGGCUAUCCUCCUUACGGUCAACAGCGUUUCGGCCCUCCUGGUUACGGUCCUCCUGGUCCAGGAUUCCCUCCAUAUGGUGCUCCUCCUGGAUGGUUCCCCCAACCAGGUCAGGGUUUCCCACCUGGUGCACCUGGUCAGUUUGCUCCUCACCAAGGACUAAUUGGAACCCCUGGUCAACAGCGUCCAGGUGGUCCUCCCGGGCCUCCUAUCAACCCUCCCAAACCCACUUCAGAACUUCCCGUUGGUGAAAAGACUGCUCCUCAACCGACUAAGACCGCCACUCCAACACCCGGAGCUGCGCCAGAAGGUCCAACUCCUCCAGUCGAAUCCAAACCUACGGUAGCAGAGGUCGCUCGUGGAGCUGCCCCAGCAGCACCUCAGGGUCCGUCUGCAACUGUUCCUGUUACUCAGACUCCAUCCAAGUUACCUCCCAAUGGCCCCAAGAAUGAUCGUUUCAUCCCGGCUAUUCCGAUUGCCAACCCCGCCGUGAAGCCAACCGUUCCACUCUCAGCUGCGCAGCAAGGUGCAGUUGCUGCAUCUCAAAGCACAGCACAGGCAGCUAUAACGGAGGCUACCCGAGCUGCAACAGCUGCGGUUGCAGCAGCAAUGGCAAAACUUCCGCAACCUGGUGCUCAAAAGAAACCGAACGACACCGGUGUCGAUGACGUGACUAAGAAAUUCAACGAUAUGAAGCCUUACGAUCAUAACCGUACGAGCCGCGGUACACAUCAUGGGCCACGAGGCGGCCGUCCCCACGGCCAGCGUGGCGGACCGCAUGUUGCAGGAAGGAAGUUAGAACUUCCCGACACCGAUUUCGACUUUGAAUCUGCCAACGCCAAAUUCAAUAAGCAGGAUCUAGUGAAGGAGGCAAUAGCUACUGGAUCUCCUAUAGUAGAAGAGGAGAAAGAGAUCAACAAAACAGAAGAGGUAGCCACAAGCCCUUCGGCCGCUCCUUCAGCAUACAACAAAUCGUCUUCUUUCUUCGACAACAUCUCCAGCGAGAUCCGAGACCGGGAAGAGAACACGGGUCGUCCUCGUGAACGCCGCGGUGAAGAAGAGAAGAAGAACAUUGAGACUUUUGGUCAAGGCAGUGUCGAUGGGUACCGUGGAUACCGUGGACGUGGCAGAGGACGUGGUUAUGGUCGAGGAGGAUACAAUCGGGGCUAUGGAAAUCGAGGACGAGGUAACUACCGUGGCCGCGGUGCUUCGCAGUCUACCGGUGUUCCUGCGCAGACUUAGCCUGUCUUCGUCCGUGGAAUCCUUAUCGAGUGACACGUCCGCAUCAUUCUUCAUGUUUGGGUACAGCGUACGUUAAAAGGACACCAAAACUCUUCCCUUGUGGCACUUUGGCGUUGUUUUCCUGCCGUGAACUAAACCAAAAGGUUUGUUUCGAGUUAUUAUCUAUUCGCUUUUGUCUGUUUUUACUGGCGCAAUCAACGCAUAUGGAGGGUUCGUACUACGUGGAAAUGUCUGUUGAAAAAGAAAAGAAGAUGAUAUUUGCUUUUCAUUAUUAACCAUGAUGAUGAUAUCCGAUUUUGCACUUCGGUUGAUUCAGUACUCGUUUAUUAUUCAUAUCAACAUUAUUCCUUCUGUUUUAUGUGCCGAUGACUUUUGGGAACUGAGCUGCAAGAGAGAGGGAGUUGUGUAUCAUACGAAAUGUGAAUUAAAAGAAUCAAGUCAAUUGACUGAACUGUAUGAAGUAGUGAUAAAUCAUUG